GGCUGUCUCUGGGAUUCAUCUUCGGGAGCUCCCGUGUUCCGACUCCCUGUGCUGCUGAAACUUGAUCUCUCGUUUGGAUCCCCCCCCCCACCUUCCAGGGAGGAGUGAACAUCUGUAGCAUCUGUCCCAGAUACUUCCCUCCCUUCUGCCUCGGCCGUUCACGUUCACCAUGGUCUGGUGCUCCUGUUUCCUAUCAGAAGAGGAGAAAACCGCCGUCGCCAUCGAUAAAGAAAUCAACCGGCUUCUUCAAGAGCAACGGAAGCGUGAGCGAUGGGAGCUGAAGCUGCUUUUGUUGGGCACCGGAGAGAGCGGGAAAAGCACCUUCAUCAAACAGAUGCGGAUAAUCCACGGUGUGGGCUUUUCAGAAGAUGACCGAAAAGGUUUUGCCAAAGUUGUGUUUCAGAACAUCUUUUCAUCCAUCCAGGCAAUGAUCGCGGCUAUGGAGACCCUUCAGAUCUCUUAUGCUGAAUUGGAGAACGUGCGGAACGCUCAGCUGCUCAUGGAAGUAGACGCUUACAAAGUGACCAUGCUGGAGCCGCACCACGCAAGGAUGCUGGAAAGUCUGUGGAAGGACUCUGGGAUUCGAACCUGCUACCAGAGGCGUAGGGAAUACCACUUGCUGGAUUCUGCCUUUUACUUCCUGUCCAAUCUGGACCGGAUUGCAUCAGCAGGAUAUGUUCCCAGCGCUCAGGACAUUCUGAGGACCCGGGUGCCCACUACUGGUAUUAAUGAGUAUUGCUUCUUGGUGCAGAAGAUAACUUUAAGAAUAGUCGACGUUGGUGGGCAGAAGUCAGAGCGCCGGAAAUGGAUCCACUGUUUUGAAAAAGUGAUUGCUUUAAUCUAUCUGGCCUCCCUGAGUGAAUAUGACCAGUGUCUGCAGGAGAAUGCCUGUGAGAACCGCAUGAGAGAGAGCCUUGAUCUCUUCCGAACAAUCCUGGCGCUUCCUUGGUUCCAAAACACCUCCAUCAUCCUCUUCCUCAACAAAAUGGACAUCCUGGAGGAGAAGAUCGCAAGCUCCGAUCUGGCCAAUUAUUUCCCCAGUUUCCCAGGCCCAAAGCAAGACGUUCACGCUGCCAAGGAGUUUAUCCUAGGGAUGUACAUGGAGGCCUACCAGCGCUGCUCCGCUCCUGACCCCAGUUCUGGGGUGCCCCUUUCCAAAGGCGGGCCCAGGAUCCUGUACCCUCACUACACCUGUGCCACAGACACACAGAACAUCAGCACGGUUUUUGAGGACAUCAAGGAUGUGGUCUUGGCCAUUUAUCUGGAUGAAUUCAAUCUGUCUUAAAGGAUCAGCGUUCAGAGGCUGCCGCAGAACGGGUUCACAGCUGCUCAGCCUGUGGCCGGGAGGUGUUUGGGGUGUAGGAGGAUAAACUGGUGUUGCUCAACUCCUAGACCUGUUGUCUUCCCCCUUGAGUAUCCUAGUGGUAGGAUGGAGAGCCGUGGACAGAGUGAGAUCGUAUUAAUACAGCCAGUUUCUUUGUUCUGGGACCACUAAGCGAGGUUCUUAGCCGCAAUGGGCUUGAUGUGAAAUGAUAAACUGUGAAACGGCAGACCACAUCCUGUGUCACGUGCCAACAUCGUGGCUUCUUUGCCCGUUCGUUGUUUCUGGCAGGAGCGUGAACUUCAGGCUUCCUGUGUAAACUACAGCUUCCUUUCCCUCUUCAUCUGCUGGGAUAUGACUCCUUCGGCAUGCCUUGAGCACACCUACACAAGUGGCCAGUUACUUCGCCAAAGGAAGCUAGGGCAGAUAAAAGUCCCACUUAGGCAAGGGCGAAGUUAAUGCAUAUUAUAUAUUGCUAUGCUAAUUUUUGUCUCACAUGGAAGCUUUCGGUUUCUCGGUUAAUGCUCGGAUGUCAGGAUGUAAACAGAGCUUCAGUUGGUGGCCAGAAGAAUAUUUUUUUGAAAGGGGGGGGGGAUUCGACUUGUGUACCACAUCCUAGAUGUGCUUAAAGAACGCUGGAGCAAGACCAGCCCACGCAGAGCUUCCUUGCAUCAAUACUUUAAAACAGGGGUCUUCAAACUAUGGCCCUCCAGAUGUUCAUGGACUACAAUUCCCAUCAGCCCCUGCCAGCAUGGCCAAGUGGCAGGGCUGAUGGGAAUUGUAGUUCAUGAACAUCUGGGGGGCCAUAGUUUGAAGACCCCUGCUUUAGAACAAGGUAGCCAAGGAUACAUUACAACAGGGGUCUCCAACCUUUUUGAACCUGUGGGCACCUUUGGAAUUUGAACACAAAAUGGCUGCUGCACCAAGAGCCGCUGGCCGCAAAAUGGCUGCCGCCAGUAGGGUUGUGCGUAACCUAGUAAGCCUUCAUCAUUUCUGGCAGAAACUCUGGGUAACAGGAUCCCUUUUUCAGAUGAACACAUUGUUGAAAAAUGUUUCCUUGUGUACACCUAAAGUAAGUAUGCAUGUUGAGUUAGAAACAGUCAUCUGUCAGUAUCUGUCUUCAUUUUUCAGGCAUCUGACCUGUGUACAUGAGCUGAGCAAAAAUCAUACUUGGCCCCUCUUGCAUGGUGGACACUAUGUUGAGGCCCCUGCCAUAUACAUUUCCAUAGGGUAAUAAUCUCUCCACUCUGCUCCUGAAAUCUACAGGAUGAAAAUACAAAAUAUGUGGGUGAUCCUAGGGUUUGAAUGUAGUGAUUUACGCCUCAGGCAAAGCAAGUAUGAAUUAUAGUUGUUUGUGAUCAUCAGACUGGCAAAUAUAUGCACACCUGAUUUUUUAAAAAAAUGUGUAUUUAUUAUUUUCAGGAAUAAGCUUGGUGAAAUGACAACUAAUCCAGCAGUGUUGUUGCCUAUUGUGUGUUUUCCUUGUAAAGGCAGUUGGCCUAAUAUACAUUUUUCUUGUA